AUGGCCAAGCGGUGCAAGUGGGGAGACGGAGAUGAUGAUGAUUGGUGGCAGAAGGAGGAAUGGUGGACAAACGACAGGUGGGAGGCAGCAAACGAGGAAUGGUCGACAAACGACUGGUGGCCAACUUGGCAACGGGACGAGGCCCCGGCGGUGACAGAGUCGUCGGCUGCGCGCUCGUCGGCUGCAGCGAAAAGCAAGCCGAAGGCGAAGUCUAAGCCGAAGGUCACACCAGCGCCUAAGAAAGGCAACAAUCGUGGAAAUGCACAGGACCAGAGGGAGUAUUCACGAUGGAAGGAGGACCAUCGUGAACUGCAGGUCCUGCGCUAUGAGAAGCAACAAUGGGAAGCAAAGCUUCAAGAGGCUCAAGGUGCGCAGUGGGCAGCCGAGAUCGAGGCAGAGUGGUGGGAAAACCAGACGCAGAUUGCCCUGCACCGAAACGACAGCCUUUUGAAUGACCUCAAGGAGGCGCAGUCCCUGAACAAGACGGCCCAGGCGUCGUGUGACGAGUUGAAGAAGAAGCACGAGGGCGAGGUCUCGAGUUUGAAGAGGGAGCACAAGGGUCGCAUAGAGGAUUUCGGCAGGAAGCGCAGAUCCCUGCAGGACGACAAGGACAACCUCGAGAGCAGGAUCACCAUCCUCGAGGUGCAGCAUGGUGAGGAGAAGGCGGGGAAGAGAACAGCCAGUCAACUCAUGAUGAGUCAAGUGGCAGGCCAGACUCAAGGAAAGGACUCGUGA